CAGUACCCGUCCGCAUGAUCUAGGGACCCUAAUUUCUUUGUGGCGUUUGUGGGCAGUGGCAGAGAAGUUUAUGGGGAAUAUAGGUUUAUUCAGUUAAAGUUGGCAAAAAUGAUUAAUUUUGAUGGAAAAGGUGUAAGAAUGGAUGUCUUUACAAUGUUUAUAUUUUGAUAAAUUGCUAAAUAUAUGUGUUAUUUAAGUGUAAAAUAUGUUACUUUAGUUAAUUUUGUGGUUAAGAAAAUUGUCUACUAUUAAAUAUUGCCCCAUAUUCCUGUAAAUAAAAAAAACUUAAAAUGGUGAGUAUGCCAGAACCGGUUGUCAUAAAAAUUGAAGAUGAUACAUCUCCAGCUCUAACAGUGAUUGAUGUAGAAAACUAUGUGUCUACAGAAGACAAAAUUACAAAUUGGCACAAAAAGGUUCGUUUACGGAUAAACAAGACGUUUGGAAUCGAAUGUGAAACUAGUCUAGAACAUUUAAUGAAAUGGUACAUUGAAAUCCUGAACCAAGAAAUUUUAAACAUAGACGUCAAUCGGCAAUUUAUUUUGAUAAUGGACAAACACAUGUAUUGCUUUUACAGCUAUUUCAAGUCAUUAAAUUGGAUCUCGACGGAAGGUUACUUGGAUUUAAUGGAGGACAUUUUGGCGUUUUAUCUCGAUUGCGAAGGGAAAAUUUUUGUCAGAGAGACGGGUAGACAGAAGAGAAAUAAAAAGCAAAUGCGCAAAAAACUUUUGCCAUUGUUGAGGAUAUAUUUGUUGGGGCAGGAAGAGAGAAUCCAUCAUGUGUUGAUGAAAAUGAGACUAAAUGUGUGCACAGAGGAAGCUAAGAGUUUUCUUGAUAAUAUAUUUAGGGUCGUUUUUUCUCAAAAACCCAUCGACAAAUCAGACGCUGCGUUUUGUCGCGCUUUCAUCCUGAACCAAAAAUGGAAGCGCAUACAGCAACCGGACAUUUGGAAAGUGCUGGAUGAAAUGCUGGAAACCAUGUACGAUCGAACUCUAGAUUCCAUACACUCGAACAGCAUAUGGAAGCAGAUACCGUCCAAGAAUGAUUCGCUGCUGGACGUGAUGGCCCAUAUCGGCGACAGCGAUCGAGCAUUGUGCGAUGGUUAUUUCAAAUACAUGAAGGCUCAGAAUGCCGAAGAAAACAUCGACGCCGCGUACUUUACCAAAAUUGACAGCUCGUCUAAAUCUGAAUUAGAUCUCAUAAUCGAUUCCAGCGAUACUGAAAGUAGUGAAUUCUACAAAUUAAUUGAGAGUUGUCCAAAAAUAACGGAAGCUGAUGAAGAAGAUUGCAUUGUGAAAGAGGAAGUCGACAGCGAUGAUGAUUGCAUAAUAAUAACCGACCAAACGCUAGAGAUAGAUCCUCAAAAAGUAGUUUAUGAAAUUUUGGAUGACAAAGACGACGACAUCAUUGAAUUUGCCGAUUUGCAAUUGAAAGAGCCACGCGUCAGCCUUUCGAAUUCAUGCGCACGUAGAGCGAAAAAAGGCGAAGAAAUGUCAUUUUUGGACUCUAUCGAAAUCACCACAAAUCCCAAAGCGACAGCAGGAGAAAAACCGGCCCUACAAACGGACUCAGUGUCGUCGCCGUUGACCAAAUUACAGAAUUCCGAUAAUGAUUCCGUCAAAUCACGAGAAAUAUUAUCUAGAAAAUUCACCAGGAAAAAAGAGGCUGCUCCGAUAAUCAAAACCACCAAGUCUAAUUACGAUGCCAUAGAAUUGCCGGAUUAUUCUAUGAGGCUCGUCGGAGCAGCUCGAGGUAUGAUAUCGAGGUCAGAAGAUGAUCGGGCCAAAAUGUAUAUGCCUCAUUCCACCAUUUCCAGUAACAAUUCUCCCAAGUCAACGGAAUCUACCGAAACGAGACCCAGCGAAUCGUACGUCUCCCCAACUUCCCCGGAUAUAUCCAGUACUUGCGAUCCCAAUGCAGCACCCGAGGACGAAUCUGAUCUAAGUGACGAUAACCAUCACAUUGAACCUGAAAAAGAUGAAACCUGCGACAGUGUUGAAGCUGAACCUGUCAUAGAUCAACGAAUAGAAGUUGAAGAAAAACAAAUUGAGGCUGAAUCGAUUUCAGAACAACAGAUUGAAGCUGAACCGAUUUCAAAACAACAGAUUGAAGCUGAACCGAUUGCGGAUGAACGGAUUGAAGCUGAAUCGAUUGCCGAUGAACGGAUUGAAGCUGAACCUAUUGUUGAUCAACUGAUCAAAACUGAACCAGUUUUGAAUAAUAAUAGUCACACUUACAAUAUACCCACUGUAAAUGAUAACAUCCAUAAUAACGAGUCCUACAUGAAGAACGUUCCUUGUCCAUUACCUCCUUGUGCCAGUUUGACGUAUUUACCGCUCAUUCUUUCUCCACUAAGUAGGACGACGACGACUUUUGAUGUGAACAUGGUUAACUCUCGACAACGACAGCCACAAGAACCGGUUUUGCAUCAAGAAACGCAAGCGGAACCAUGCGAGGUUCGACAAAAUGAAUCUUUGCCGGUGGUCGAGGAGCAAAUCGAAGCUAAACCAUGCGCAGUUCGACGAAAUGAAUCUGAGCAGGUCAUCGAGGAGCAAAUCGUAGCUGAACCGUGCGCAGGUCAACCAAUCGAACCUGAGCUGUUAUUUAAGGAAAGCAUCGAAGCUGAACCGUGCACGGACCGACGAGUCGAAGCUGAUCCGAUUGUCGAUGAAAGUAUCGAAGAUGAACUAUUUACUGACGACCAUAAUUCAGCUGAAUCUGUGACAGAAGAUCGGAACGAAAUUGAACUAUUUGCAGAUUCAGAUGACCACAUUGAAGCUGAACCAUGUAUGGUCAAUCAGAAUGAAACUCAGACAUUUGUGGAUGAUUGGAAUGAAGCUGAAACUGAUGUGGAUAAUCGAAACGAAGCUGAAUCAGUUGCUAAUGAGUGUGACGAAUACAAACCGACUGAUACUGAUAAUGAAAUAGAAUCUUUGCUGAAUCCGUUGGCUGUAGUCGAGGCUAAGAAUGAUAUAAUCAGUCGGAAGAAGCCAGAAUAUUUCUUGGAUCCGUUGGCUGUGGUCGAGGCUAAGAAGGAGAUAAUCAAUCGAAAGAAGCCAAAAUCUACGUUGGAUCCAUUGGCUGCGGUAACGGCUAAGAAAGAUAUAAUCAGUCCAAAGAAGCUGGUGAAAUUGAACGGUAGAAAUGGGGAAACGAGCGAUAUUUGGAGCGUCAAAUCUAGCGGUGAUAUUUUUACUAGAAUCGACGAGAAGCAGUUGUCCAAGAAAAAUGGGACAAAUAACAAAGCGGAAGUUGCUAAAAAUAAAAUGGAGGUGAUCUUUACGCACAAGGUUAAAAGAUCGAAUAAUGAAGUGCAUUUGAGGUACGACGACUUGAAAGACAACCACGGUCUCGACGACUCUCUGGUUGGUGAUAAGAGCAAUAUAUCAAGAAACGUAACCGUGAAUGGCGUAUCCGAUUUUGAUCUGUUCGCUGAUCCCUUGCUAUCGUCCCUUGAAUACCAAACCACUUCCGCAGAAUCACCUCAACGAGUCGUCACACCUGCCUCUACUAGCAGCCCCUCGGAUCUUAAAUCUCCCGAAUACGAUGGCAUCGAUGAUUUCAAAAACUACUACCUGGCCAAUUAUCAGCAGGAUUGCAGCCAAAGCGCUUCUGCCAAGAGCAAAGGAGAGAACUCCGUGAUCAUAGAGAAGAGCGAUCAAAAUAAGAAUCUUUUGGCAACUCAAACUGCAACUCCAAUCACUACCACCACCACGACGAAAUCGCUCAAAAGGAAGAGGAUAACAUUCGCCAAGGAAAAUACAGUUUACACCAUUGAUACCUUAGCACCGCCGAUGGCCAAUGUGAAAUCUAUCGAUUUGGAAGUGUCCAAGAAACCCGCCGAGAGAUGUCUGAGGAUCCUCAUCAGCAAAAUGAAACUGAAAUCUUUGGCUAGUUACAAGGAUAAACCACCAUCGGACCUGCAGAGCAAACCAGUUGUUACGGAGCGAAUUAGCAAAACGGAGAUCAAGGAGUACAAGAAACGGAAACGAAGGAACAAUCAUAAUGUGCCCAAUACUGCCACUACAACUCCUCCCAGUACGCCAAGCCAGAGAAACGACAAUACGAUGAAGUUGCUCCAAAUUGAUUACGACAAAUCGACGCCGUGGCCUUCGGAGUCGGACACCGUGCACUUCUCCUCACUAGAAGAGACAUGGAGGACGAACAACAAUCGCCACCACCAGAGGUUCGACACGUUCGAUGAAGGUACUGUAGACCAAACUUUUGACAUUGAAGAUUACUUAUACAUUCCGUCUAAUUGCAACAACUUUUGUUGCGAUUUCCUCUCCGGCAUUUUGGAAAAUUACCUUUGCCUCGUUCCCAGUCACUCUCGCUCCGAACCCGUUCCCAGAAAUCCCUUUUACACUGACGAGUUACGCAGAAAGAUCAUGGCGCACGAGCGCGAACAUAGAUACUCCUUCUCUGACACUGAAGACGAGAAUUUGUCGAACGAUCUGCAGGAUUUGAAAAAGGUAGUCAGCCAGAUCGUCGAUAAUUGCAGCGAGUUUAUCAACCAACCGGCGGUUAUACCCGAAGUGGAGGAGUACGAAAAAACGUUACAAUCGGAAGAUAUGGCCAAAGUGUCUGCCAUACCGUUCGAUUUGCACAAUUUGAAUUUACGCAAAUUUUCCCCCAGUCCGGUCAUGAAUUUCAGCUCGCAUUCCAAUUCGCCGGCUCACAAUUUCUUUUCCGAUUUCUACAAUGGCAGCGACAGAGCGAACGGCCCAGAUUUCAAUGACAAUACGAACUCGUAUCUUACAACCGCAACAGAUUUCGCCGGAAUAGUUCCGGAACUUCCAAAUUCUGCAGAGGAAGAGCUCUCCAACGCGAACCACGAUUCAGAACUGGCCGACGCUCCUAGUAGUUCUUCAUCAGAAGAAAGCAAAGAGGAAACUAUGCAAGAGCAGAAUGAUAGAAAGAGCUCGAGUGCUAUCGAAGAGUGUCCUCCACAGCAGACUAGAUUGCCAUUGAAAAAGCGUAAACAUUCAUUUGCGAACGCAAUGGGCGAAUUCGAUGACGACGACGACGAUUUCAUAGGGCCUGAACUGAUUGAGGAGAUUAUUAAGCAAGCACGAGCUGAAGAGAACGAAAAGGAGGACAUCAGUUAUCCGGCCAAACCGGCCAUCAGCAUAGCAGAGAUUCAGGAGAAAUUGGUAGAUCCGCAGCAGCCGAGAACUUUUAAGACGCCCGCUCAAAAGAAGGAAAUGCCGCAGGCGGCAGCGCCGCAACUCUCGCUGCCUCCGCAGUUGCAGCAACAACCGAAUAUUGUUACUGAACAGUAUAAUAAUCACACCUACAAUAAUCCCACUAUUAAUUAUCACAUGAACAACGUUCCUUAUCCCUUCUUUCCUUGUACUAGUUUGACUUAUUUCCCGCCCAUUAUUUUGCCAUUAAACAGCACGACCACUUUUGAUAUGAACAUGGUUAACUCUCAACAACAACAUCAACAUUUACAACAGCAGCAGCAAGUGCCGCUGGUGCAAGAACAGCGCAUUAAAAAAGAAAAGAGAAGCAAGAGAAGACGAAGAAAUUAAAAAUUAAAUUAUAUCUCACUUAUUUCGUACUAAUUUAUUUUCUAUAAAUUUCGCGUUAAUUUUGUCAAUUUCAAAACAUUGAUAUUUUUGUUGACGCGAUAGGAAAGAAGAUAAACCGAAGAAAAAUCAAGAAAAUUUAUGAUUUUUCUUUUUGGAAAACUGGAUAAUCAUGGGAUAAUCUCUUCCAGAAAUAGGAUAUGAAAUAAUCUGAACGCACUCUUGCUAUUUUCAUGUAUUUCUCGUUUUCUCACAAACUACAUAUGAAGAAAGAAAAAAAAAUCAGAAUUGAAAUACAAAAAAAUCAAUUUUAUCUUUUCUAGUAAUUUGUUGUCUUAAAAUUUCAAUAAUUUUUGUAAUUUAAAAAAACGUUUUAUUCAUUUUUGACAACACGGAAACGAAGAAACGAAAAACGUAGAAGAACAUUCUAAAUAGGAAGGAUAUUUCUAAUAAUGCAGCACACAAGCAAGAGCAAACAGGAAUAGCAGGAGAGCAUAAAAAUUGGAAAAAUGAGCAAAGAAAGGGUCUGGAAACUGGAUAAUAUCGGGUUAUUUAGUUAGGAGUAGGAGGAAAUAAAAUAGUUACAUAUGUAACGGGAUAAUACAUAUAAUAAUCACCCUUUAAAACGUCUCCCAUACCUUUCAUCCAUGUACUAUCUUAAUGUAUUUCCCGCCCAUUCUUUUGCCUAUCAUUGACAGACAUCAACAAGCGAACGUUCAAGAAUCCGAUGGAAGAAAGAAAAAAGAACCAAGAAGAUAAUUAUUUAAACUGUUCAAGUUUUAUUUCAUUUAAACUUUCAGUAUUUGCAUAAUCUAGUAAUUGUUUGAAGGCUGUGAAUGUCACUGUUUUUUUAUAAAUAAUUUUAAUGUUUUUAUUAUUAAGUUUUUUUUUUUUUAAUGAUGAAAAUUCGAAUUUAAAUAGUAUAAUAUAUAAUUAAAAAAGACAUAGAAGAAGAAAUGAAGAGACUGAAGAUUGAAGCAUCACUAUUGAAGAAUGAAGUUGCGUUUGUAGCACUGAAGAAAAUAAAACGUUUGAAUUUAACUCUGCAUGUUGAAUUUUAUUAGAUGUUAAAUAUGAGUAAAGAAUUACAUACUUGUAUACGUUUAUUAAAUGUCUUAACUAAAUGUCCGAUGUUUCUAGGUAGACGAAAAUUAAUCGUUGCAUUUAUAUCAUUCAUUCAUUUAUUUAUUCGUUUAUUUAUUAUGAUAUUACAAUAUCUUUUAUUAUUUUUUUUAGUUCUAUUUUUUGUUUAUACAACGAGUAACGCAUUUUCUGUUUUCAAGGUCGGUCGGUAUACAAUGGACGGAAAGUUGGAAAACGAAAAAUUCAAAGAAGCGGUGACGAACAUGAAGUUAGAAAGAGAGGUCGACCCAAAAAGACAACUUGAUAGUAUGCUUGAAAUGAUGUGACAGAACCGAAGACGUGAAACGCACGACAAAAAAAAAUCGAACACGAUUAAAUAAGAUACAUUUCAGUAAGUCACUCAACAAAGUACAAUUUUCAUGAAAUACACUUUUCGCAAAAAUAAGUUUGAAGAAUGAACUCGAGAUGUUAGACGUUAGGUGCAAUUUAAAAUUAAAAAAGGAAAUUGACUGAAAAAGGAGCAAGCAGUACAGUUAGUUGUUUAAAAAUAGAACAACAACCAGUAAUCACCUCUCAGCUGCAAAGCGUUUUAUCUGUGAUUUUAAAUUAGUUUAAAACAAAUAAUAAGUUUAAUAAAAUAGCGAACGGCGAUGUUGGCCGUUUAUUAAAUAUAGGAAGUCGUGUAAAUAGUUUUGUUUUGUAAAAAGUUUUUUUUUUUUGUUUUAUCUUAACGAAAAAAUAGGUGUGUAAAGUACAAAUUAUAUUGUUUUAUUGUACAGAUAGAUAUUUUUCGGUUCUAAGAAUCAUAAUUUAUACAUUUUUUCAAUUACCGGUUUUUUGCCUUUUUUUGUUUCCUUUUGUUCUACUCAUUUAUUUGUAAUUGUCGUUUAAAAACCGAUAUUUAUUUGUUUUGUAUGCAAUAAAUUUUCUUGACUCGAUUUAAUGGUUUUCUUUAUGUAGCUGAUCGCGCUUACAUUUUACUCGCUUUAUUUUAUUAUUUGCUGCCACUACAAGGGUUGAUCCAUAUGCCGGGCUUCCGAUAAAAUUUGGCGCAGUCAGAAGGACAAAAUAGUGAUUAAUAUGCCCACAUUAGGCUCUUGUACGAAAAUAAGAUCUACUUUCAAAUCGAUGAUUGCCUAUUGAUAAAAAAAUGGAAAUGAAAAACUACCUUGUGGAAGAAAACUGACAAUUGGAAAUAGCACCGUAAUUAUUAUUGGCUUUGGUGGAUGUUAGACUGGGAUUUAGAUAUUUCAGCAGAAAUCAAAUUUUUAUAUACUAAAAAGCAUAGGGGAUCAACCCUCCUAAUACUUAAAUUAUUUGUUCAGCACUUAGCAUAUUAGGGUUAGUAGGUUACAAGAGAUGCAAUGUGGAAAUAUAAAAUAAUGAAAAUCCUAUUAUCAAUGGUAAAAACGGUAUUUUUUUUUAUCAAAUGCUUCUUGAAGGACAGGAAACGGCUUGAGUAAUUUAAUUAAACUCGAAAACAGAUUUUUUUUAACCAUAAAUUUGCUGCUCUAAUAGAUUCAAAUUCUGACUUUACAAAAAGCAUAAAUUCAAAUAAAUAUGAGUAACUAAAAAGGCGUAAAAGUAAUAUUAGUAUUACAACGAAUUAGAGCUGUGGUUUUGUGUUUAGGUUUUUAUUUUCGUUUAUUUAAAUUUAAUUUUCCUCCGCCUAGUUACGAGAUAUAAAGUUAAUCUUAUAUUAUGUGUUUUCAGUGGAAUAAUUGAUAUCAUUUACAACAUUAAAAAUAAAAUAAAAACUACAUGGUAUAUUUUGGUAGGUAAACAAAUUAUUUUGAAAUACAACUAAAUUAAUAUAAAAAAAUUAAAGUUUUUAAUGUUGUUUAUGAUCACAAAAUUGUUUUAGUAUCAUAAUCGGUUAUUCUGUGUAUAAGAAGGAAAUUUAAUAAAUUAUAAACCUGACAAUAAACAAAUAAAUAGGAAAUAGUUUCAAACAAACUGUCAAGGGUGGUGUCUGGCCAUAUCUUCGAAACCGUUUAACUGGACAAUUUUAGGUUUUUUUUUUUACAAAAUCGUCCAAACGAAAAUACUGAAAAUACAUUAUUUUAAACCUAGUUUUUAUUAGGAAAACUAAACAUUAUUUUGGAAGUGUGAUGUGCUCGUUAUUUUCCUGUGUUGUACAGGUUGUAACGGAAAGAAAACGUGUAAAUAUGUUCAGUCUUGAAGGAAAUUCGUAGAUAAGUCAUUUUUUGAGUGUUUUUGAAAACCUUCGUUUCAUAAGGCAUCUUUACAACACCUAGGCACACUUCGUAAACGAUUUUCAUUAUUAAAAUUAACAGAGAAGUAUAUUUUCCCCAGAAACUACAUUUAAAGUAACCUCCGCAUAUAUGGCAGGUUUUCACUAACACUAACCUUAAUUCAUUCAUGUUUGCUAUUAAACAACGUGGCUUUAAACAUGAAGGGACAUAGAGCUUUUGUCACUGAUUUAACUGUCAAUAGUUUACAUUUUCGUUAUCCGUUUCCAAUUAUAAGAACUGGAAUUCCCAAAUAAAUCGUAGUAUAUACAUGGUUGGCAUGAGAAGUAUAUAUGUAAUGGAAAUACAGAAACAUUUAUUUGUGAAAAAGUAAGCAGAUUCGUGUUUAUACCAGUUUUCUCGUGAUCUACUGUUUUCAUUAAAUCAAAAUAAAAAUUCCUAUUACUAAGAAUGGAACACGUACAGAACAACUAAAAAUAAGACGAUUAAAUAAAACAUGCUUAUAGUGGAUUUUAUUUGUUACACUAGGUGUAAGUUUUCUGCACUAAUCGCAUUUGAUUUGUUUAGUGUACCUUCAAAUAUUUGAUACGUACUUGAGUGAAGCAUAUACGUUUGACAAGUAUGACAGUUCGAAUACAGUGUCGAAUGUAACACUAGUGCAACAAAUAAAAUCCAUUAUAACAUCUUCAUAACCUCUAAAUUUUACGCCACUGUUCAAAAACUUAUUUAGACUGUAAUUUUAAAUUUUUUGAUGUUUUUUAAAUAAAUCAUGUAUUAUUAUUGGGAACUCAUAAAGUGAUUGAUUUUAGAGAUAUUCACACAUUGAUAGCU